AUGGUGGUGCGUAUGGGCUCGCAGAUGGUCUCCGACGGUGUACGUCUUCUCGCUGGUAAGAAAGACUUAUUCAGCGAAAACGAGAUGUCUUCCGAAAACACCCCCACCGCAGACCCCCCCACCCCUUCCCCCUGGUUGCCCAUAGAGUUUGACCGGGCGUGUGACAAGCAGCCGGUGGUGUUCGCCCAGGUGCAAACGUACGACUAUGCCGAGGCCAGCAUCCUACACAGUCGCGUAGCCAACGUGACCAAACAGGGCUUUACAGCGGUCCUAGAGAGCUCAUACCCAACCCAGCCCAUACUCACACACCCCGACUACGAAACAGUCGCCUGGCUGAGUAUGUGCAACACCAACCCCACAGCCCACCCACACGUCCACUCCGUCACGGAAGACCAUGUGCCCUGGCACAUGCACACCAUCGCGGUCGGCGGGACAACCGGGGGCGACCUGGCGCACCCGUUGGGCGAGGACCAGGACAGGGCAGAAUCGGCCCCGUUGGUUUUCGGACAGUUGCAAGACAUGCCGCAUGCGGGGUCGGCAGCGCUGCGCUGGGGUGUGGGGGCGAAAGUGGGCUUGGGCAGUAACAACACGAACACGGACACGGCUGAGCAGACGGAUGACAUACACAUACACGUGGACGAUCUGGGCAUUGGCAUGGUAGGUAAAGGGAGUGCAUAUGCGGGGGAUGUGUACAGGACAGCUGUUUUGGUGUUCAGUGCAACUGUGGUGGCGGACGGCCGGGCCAAGACGUGCCCUGCCCCGAAGGAAGAGGACAGGCCAACUGGCCUGUCCACGGAAUGCACGCCUGUGGGUGAGGAGCCGUUCUACUCGGGGACUAGUUGCUUCCACAUAUGUGGCAAUCGAGGCGUGGUAAAGGGCCCCAAGUCCCGCCUGUGCACCUUUGACGGCAAAUGGGACCAGCCGCUACCCACCUGCUCGUACAGCUGCGGGUCUGUGGCCGACAUAGACCACGCCCUAGUCACAUGCCCCGCAGACAUCGACGCCAACAUCGACACGCAGUGCUCAGUCGAGUGCGUUAGUGAUGCGUAUGAGCUGCUUGGUGAGGAUUAUAUCAAGUGUACGGCCAGUGGAUGGUCCAGGGCCCCUGUCUGCAGACCCUAUGAACGGGAGACCAUACAGUUUGGGCGGGCGGAGGAGGUCACGGGAGAGUGGCAGACGGUGGAGACAGACCAGAUCAGCGACCCCAUUGUGAUUGCUAUGCCACCGACCACCAGAGAAAGCGAUCCGUGUAUCACAGAAGUAA